AUGGCAGCACAUGAGAUUCGAAAUGUCGAACCGAUUCAUGAAGUUUGGAUCAAACCCAUAGCCAAUUUUAUGAAAUGUAAUAUUGACGCAUCUUUUUCCAUCAAUCACGACUUACUGGGAAUUGGUAUUAUAAUCCGCGAUCACCGUGGUCAUUUUGUCAAGGCGAAAACUAUCCAAUUUACACCUUUUUUAGAGGUCCCAGAAGGUAAGGCUCAAGGCCUCUUACAUGCUAUAAAUUGGGUUAUUGAGUUGGGUUUGGUUAACAUUGUUUUUGAGCUGGAUGCUAAAAUUGUAGUUGAUGCUUUUAAUAAUUUCAAAGUUGAUAUGUCUAACUUUGGUUUAAUUAUUGACCAAUGUCGUAAUUUAGUUGCUCAAAGUUUACCAAACUCAAAAAUUGUGUUUAUUGAGAAGAAAGCAAACAAAGCAGCUAGGGUAUUAGCAAGUGUGGCUUUAGAUAUGGUUUGUCCUCAAGUUUAUCAUCAUGUUCCAUUAUGUAUUUCCUCUAUUAUUUUUAAUGAAAUGAUAUGA